CUUCUCUGUUCAUUUCAAUGGCGAUUUUGAAGGCCUUAGCGUUCAUCUCAGUUGCAGCAACUAUCUUAAGGAGUUGUUCAGUUGAAGGGCAGAUUCGUUCGCCUUGCACGGCCUCAAUGAUCAACAAUUUCACCCCAUGUUUCAAUGUCAUCACUGGAAGUAGCAGCAAUGGUUCUUCACAAAAGGAGAGUUGCUGCACCACACUGAGUUCGCUCUCGGGGGUAAGCAUGGACUGUGUCUGCCUUUUACUUACUGCUAAUGUGCCUGUUCCACUGCCCAUCAAUGCGGCCCUUGCGCUCGUUCUUCCAAGUUCUUGUAACAUUACCAACUUGCCUGCACAAUGCAAAGCUUCAGGUUCUCCCCUGCCAUCACCAGGACCUGUCUCACUUGGACCAACUGCACCAUCUCCUACUGCAGCUGCUUCUCCUCUAAGCCCACAAGUUUCCAAAGCAGUAGCAGUAGCUCCGGCACCAGAAAGCAGGCAGCCUCAGCCUCAGCCGCAGCAUUUGACACCGACGUAUUCUCCGGCGGAAUCGCAAGCUCCAGAAGCAGCCCACCGUCGGAUCCGACCGGUUUUAGCUCCAUCCGCAUCUACUCCAUCUUGUUCCUUCUCACCAUCUCUCUUGCUGCUUUCCAUAGCCGUGAUGGUCUUCAAAUCCCAUUGAACAGUUCUUUUGCUUUCGUUCCUCUGCUAAUUGAAUGCGCUUGAUGCGCGUUUGUUUCCCUCUUUUCACCCUGCAAAAACGUUCAGAAAUCGAAACUUCAUUCCGAUUUCGACGCCAGUUCUGAUAUAUCUUUAAUCAAAUGUGAUGUUACAACAAUGAAUGUGCAAAUCAGAACAAUUGAUGAAUAUCGGCAAUAAACAAAUAAACAUAAACAGAAGAAUUGGAAAAAGUCGAAGCGAAUGGUUGAACAGGCGAUUCAAUGGUAGGUAAGGAAGACGUGGAUUGGAAUUGAAAAUCGGAACCACAAACCCUAGAUUAAUAGGAGCAUUAUCGGUGUCCAAAAUCAAGCAUCGAAAUGCGCUGUAAGACCAUCCUCCAACUCCACCAUGUCCUUCAUCACCGCACUGAGAUACAACAUGAAGUGAGCCACGAUUUCACAAUAUGUCAUGAC